AUAGGACAACUCCAUCAAAAUUCGUCAGUAAAAACAUUCCGGCAGCAAGCAACACGUUGUGUGCUCAUGAAAACAAUUAAUUAACAGCAUUUAGUGCGCGCAGACAGAAAACGCAGCGGACAUACACAAUUGCGUCGCCGCCGGUUUAAACAGUUUUUGUUGGUUGUAAUUUUCGCUGUGCCUUCGCUUACAGUUUGACGCUGAUUUUCGAUAGCUAAAUUUCCAUACGAGACACCAUUUUUCCAUUUCGCCUUGCCUCGCCCCAGACGCUUAUCUGCUGCUGCUGUCACUCAACAUAAUAUCGAUCUGGCCAGUCAGUAAACUGUAUGAUAAAGAUAGCUGUGCUGCUCUUUUGACGAGUGUUGGCAAAAAUUACGCGUUUCACAACACCUAGACUCUUAAAACACUAAACUCGUCUCUGUCACACACGCGCACUUUGAAACGUCAAUCGUUUUGUCCGCUGUUAGUCAUCGUGUCGGUCUCACUCACAUCCGCUCGGCGCUUUGAACACCAAAAAAUAUCGCAGCCGUAGUUGUCGUCGGGGCGCCGUUCUACUCGCAGUGCUGCAAUAUUUCUAGACUGUAACCUCGGAGAAAAGCUGAGCAGAAAAUAGCCAGAACACAGUGAAAAUAUAAAGCCUACCGCAGCUUUUGUGUUUCGUUUGGUUUUUCUAUAGCAUUUUUCAAUAAUUUACAAUCAAUUUCUCGUUUCGUGUAAAUCGACAAAGAACAAAAAGUAAUCGAAAAGCAAAAAAGAAACGUACCACAAUACACACUCACCAACACAAACACCACACACACAAGAAAAUCAAAUUUCAAUCAGAAAAUGGCGUUAAAAAGAAUCAAUAAGGAACUGCAAGAUCUGGGCAGAGAUCCACCUGCACAAUGUUCAGCUGGACCAGUUGGAGAUGAUUUAUUUCACUGGCAAGCUACAAUAAUGGGCCCGCCGGACAGCCCUUACCAAGGAGGUGUAUUUUUCUUAACUAUACAUUUUCCAACAGACUAUCCUUUUAAGCCACCGAAAGUGGCCUUUACAACACGCAUAUACCAUCCAAACAUUAACAGCAAUGGAUCUAUUUGCCUCGAUAUAUUAAGAUCUCAGUGGUCGCCAGCAUUAACUAUUUCAAAAGUCUUAUUAUCAAUUUGCUCUCUACUCUGUGAUCCCAAUCCAGAUGAUCCGCUUGUUCCAGAGAUUGCCAGAAUAUAUAAAACCGAUCGGGAAAAAUACAAUGAGCUGGCACGGGAGUGGACUAGAAAGUAUGCUAUGUGAUGCGUUCCAGAUUGCAGCAACAACAGUCCAACAAUAACAACAACAACAACAACAACAUCAGCAACAUCAGCAACAACAAUAACAAAAUUAGCAACAGCAAAUAAAACAUCAACAACAGCAACAACAGCAAACACAACAAGAACAGCAAAAACAACAGCAACAAAGAUAACAUUUAACAAUAGUUACAACAGCUGCACACUCCCCGGCAACAGCUUCAGCUCCAAUAAGAACGCCAACAACAAUAUCAAAAGGAGCUGCGGCUGCAACAGCAACAACAACAGCAACAGCAACAAGAACAGUAACAACAGCAACAACAGCAGCAGCAGCAGCAGCAGCAACGAGUGGAACGGAGGCAAAGUAGCAACAACAACAACAGCAACAGCAACAACAAAUGCAACAGUAACAAUAACAGUUACUGCAAACAGCAACUGUCAAAUUGCCAUCAAGUUGAUUUGACCGAGAAAACCGCAGUAGCAGCAGCAGCAGCAGCAGCGCAGCAGCAGCAUGAUGAGAAAAUAAUUUAAUAAUAAUUACUGAAAACAAAAAGAAUUAUGUAAGCAUAAACAUUUAAAGCGAGAAAGCUACCAACAACACAGCAUCCCACACAUAAUAAGUUUAAAAACAAAACUACAAAUAAAGAUCAGCUGGAAAAUUAUUAUUAUUAUUAUAUUAUAUUUAAAGAACCGGAAAAAUAAAAAUUACAAAAAUUCAA